CCCGCGAGCCAUCGUGAUGCCACUAGUCGAGCCACACAUUUCGCAACAAGGGAGCGUCUCGUCCAGCGCUGCCGGCGAGCCUCACGCGACCCAAGCCACGGCCCGGCCAUGAGCAGAUUUGAGCCGCCUCCCAUUCGCUUGUUGGCCCACGACGAUAUCCACACCGUCCAGCAUCUUGGACAAGUGCUCAAGACCAAAGUCUUGGCUCCUUUGGCGUGCUCGCCUUGGCGGGGAGGCCAGGGGGCCUGCCCCCUUCUGGCGUCUGGGCGCCUGCAUGGAGUGCGUCGUCGAGCGCGAGGGUGCGUCGACUUAUCGCCAGCGUCUCAGAUUGCGGCCUUGCCAUACAGAUCCCCAGGUGUUGAUGGCCCAGAUACUUAUAAUCUGGUUACCCCUUUCGCCGUCGCACGCCCGCUCGCCCGUGGCUCACAUUCUGCUGCCACUUGCCUUGCCGUCGUCGACGUAGACAAGAAACCUCGCCUGUUCUGCUCCUGCAAUACUCUUACUUGGGCGUCAUAUGUCGAUCGUGUCCCAGCAUCGUGCAGAGUCUUGCCAGACGCACAUCCCACCCCUCAGCGCAUACCCGACCCUCUCCUCUCCUUGUUGAUCGUCCUCCCUUUCCGUUCUGUUCUCUUCGGACCCUCCAAGCAGACUCUUGCCCUUCUGGUCUGUUUCGAUGUUUCAUCUUUAGAACGCGGGCCCACGCACUUACGAAGGCUUUUGACUGGCGAGCUGCAGCAGCACACCACCGGGACAACCACUGGCUGUCCUUCCUCUACACUAAUACAGCUCCGGGCCCCCCACCACCCACAACCCGAGCUGGUCUCAACAAGAAGCUCGACGCAAGAUAAGGAUACUCGACGCGCCUCGUCACUUGUCGGGUGCUUUUUUGCCUUCAUUUUCAACCUGCGGUCCUCUUCCAACUCUUCCAACUUCACAGGGGAUCAUCUUGACCCGCCAGCCCCGAUAUUAUUUACUGUGGCUCAUCAUCACCGCUUUCAGCUGGGCACCCUGGACUGACGAGUUCGCCGGGGGACCCUGCUCACCACCGUCAAAGCUUUCUCAGUGCAACGAUACGACCUCCCGUUGCCAAGGACAGCCGAGCCGAGACAAGAAGGGGAAGAAAACGAAGAGAAGAAAGUAAAUAAU